AUGAAGUGUGCUAAGUCUGCAAGAUACUGUGUUACUCAUGGUAAUAAUGAAGUUGGCCCAAUCAUUCCAACUAGAGGUAUAAGACAGGGUGACCCUCUAUCACUGUACCUCUUUAUUCUUUGUGCUGAAUGUUUCACAACCUUGCUUCGAAAGUAUGAACAAAAAGGGUGGCUUCAUGGAUGCAAAGAGGCCAACGGUGCUCUUAGAGUCUCUCACAUGCUAUUCGCUGAUGAUAGUUAUCUUUACUGUAAGGCCACAGAAGAUGAGGCCCUUCGGAUCCAAGAAGUGUUACUCAAAUUUGAACUUGCCUCGGGUCAAAAAGUGAAUUUUUCCAAAUCAUCUAUAUUUUUUAGAUCUAACACGUUGAGUUCCAUGAAAGAUAGAAUCAACUCUAUUUUGGGCAUGGUCACGGGUGCUGAAGGUAGUUUGUAUUUGGGAUUACCUAGUUCAAUGGGGAGAAAUAAAUCAGUUGCUUUGGGUUUCUUGAAAAACAAAGUGAAGAAUAGACUUCUUGGUUAUGGUACAAAGUUUCUAUCAAGGGUGGGCAAGGAGAUUUUGAUAAAAACGGCGGCGCAAGCACUUCCAAGCUAUGCUAUGAGUGUAUUCUUGAUUCCGCAAGAGGUUACAAGAGAUAUUGAAGGCUUGAUGUCAAAUUUUUGGUGGCAAUCCUCGAGCAACUCUCCUAAAGGUUGGAGGCUUCUUACAAAACCUGAUACACUUGUUUCAGGAAUCUUUAAGGCAAGGUAUUAUCCACGGGGUUCUUUUUUCACAGCCGAUAUUGGUAAUAACCCCAGUUAUGUCUGGCGUAGUGUUCUUGAAGCUCGUCAAUUAGUGCUUAAAGGAGUUUGUUGGACUGUUGGAGACGACACUUCUAUCUCAGUUUUGAGUGAACCUUGGCUACCCGAUACACAGAAUUCGUUUGUUUCAUCUUCACAUCCAGCUCUUGUUGGUGCCAAAGUUUGCAAUUUGUUGGCUAUGGAUGGGUCGGGAUGGGAUGAAGACGUGGUGGCUGACUUGUUUGAACAGCGAGAUCAAAGCCUUAUUCUUGGAAUUCUUGGGCAACAUGAUCACGGCCGAGACAAACUCACUUGGAUUGGUGAGAUAUUCGAUUUUUAUACGGUGAAAAGUGCAUAUAGAAUGGCUCAAGAGAUGAAUGGGUGGAACACUCAAGACACAUCAGUACUUGAAGCUUUUUGGAAGAAAUUUUAG